AUGCCUGAUUCUGAUAAGGACGAAUCGAAACCCGCUGGUGGCAUGCAGCUGGAAUCAAUUAGUUCACCACGUCUCCCCCUGCCGAAUAUGAGCGAAUCUAAUAUUGAAUCAUACUUUAUGUCGCUGGAGUUCUGGUUCGCUGCAACUGGCAUCGGUGGCGCCGUUCAUGAUACACGAAAAUUUAACAUUGUGAUGGCACAGGUUCCCCCGAGCAAGCUGACAGAAUUGAGAUCGAUUAUUGACGGUGUGCCGACCAGUGAAAAAUACACGUACGUAAAAAGAAAACUCAUUGAUCAUUUCGCUGACAGUCAGCAGCGCCGUUUGCAGCUUGUUUUGUCAGAUAUGCCGCUCGGAGACAUGAAACCCAGCAAACUAUUCAAUGAUAUGAGACGUGUUGCUGGUGAUUCACUUGGUGAAAAUGUGUUACUCGACUUGUGGGCAUCAAGACUACCCCCUUAUGCCCAAGCAGCUGUGAUCGCAUCAAAAGGAGAUGCUGCUGAAAGAACGACAAUCGCCGAUGCUAUCGUCGAAUCAAUGAGUCUUCGUAAUAUCAGCACCUUGGAUUCAGUUCUGCAACCUGAGCCGUCUACAUCACAAUCCGUUCCUGAAAAAUCAUCCCUAUGCAGCAUAGAAAGCCUCCAACGAGAAAUCGCGCAACUAUCAAGCAAGCUAGAGAAGGUACUCUCAUCGCGUUGCGAUAACACUUUUCGUGGUCGUGCGCGCUCCCACUCGCGCAACGGUAAGAGGGGAUGGACGUACCGUGACAAAACACCGCAAGACGAACAAUGUUGGUAUCAUCGUGUUUUUGGAAAUGAAGCGCACCGAUGUCGAAUGCCGUGUUCGUUCAGUCAGUCAUCUGCUUCAUCGAACAAACAAUGA